AAUUCCAUGAUUAAUCAUUGUCACAAGCCAGAGAUAAGAGGAUCAGCUUAUGUAUUUUUCUAAUAUAUCAACAACAUGGCAGGUAAUGGAUUCAAGACGGCGCUAAAUGUAUUCAAACAAAUAAUUUCUUCAAAAGGCUUCGACAGAGUAUUGGACAAGGUGAAGAUAGUAAGUGGAGGUGAAGGACGUUUUCGUGCUGAGCUGGUGAUAGAACCUGAGCACCAGAAUAAGUUUGGUACUCUACAUGGAGGCCUCACAGCAACACUGGUUGAUUCAUUAUCAACAGCAGCUCUAAUCUCACACAAAGUAGGAGUCCCUGGUGUUACUGUGGAUCUACAUAUCAUGUACCUUAAGGCAGCUGCAAUUGGAGAAACUGUGGUCAUCGACUGCAAUACUUUGAAAGCUGGCAGGACAUUGGCUUUUCUCACUGUUGAUAUCACGAAGAAAGAGACAGGGGAAUUAGUAGCAAGAGGUUCACAUACCAAAUUUAUCGGAAGCUAGAUCCCGUAGUUGUAGCAGCAAAUGUAGUAGAGGAUUAGUGUAUGUUAUUGCUUAUAUUUUAGGGCACAUGGAUACAUAAGAAUUGUUAUAUGUAUAUAUGCAGUGUUUAAGUAGUUCAUUUAUAUUUCCAUGUUUGAAUGAGAGACAGCCAACCUGUGAUAUUAAAAGGAAUGAGUGAGUCAGUUUGACCUAAUGUUACUUAACAUGAAAAGUCUUUACUGCCAUGAUUUUUUUAACCCAUCCCCAAACUCAAAUAGCCCAUCAGUUGGCUUCCUAGUGAUCAUGUAGACUCCUUAAGAUUUUCCCUACCACAUAUACUUCAGAUCGGUACGAUGUAGUUUACCAUUUUGAUUCUGUAUCUAGACAGAGAAAAUGGAGAAACAUCAUCUUAUAAGAAAGUGGUGAAAUAAAUUGUGUGGAACUAAAAUAUGGUAAUUUUUGGCUCAUUUGCAAAUAAACUUGCACAAAUGCUCGUUUGUCAUCUGCAUGUAAUAACUUUCGAGUGGCUGAACAGGUUUUAAUAAAGUAUUAUACUGGA